AUCAGUGACCGCCUGCCGUCUGAGUAAACAUGUCACUGGGGAAUAUAGGUGAUCUUUUUAAAACCGCAGAUGAACAACCUCAACAGAUAGAAGCGCUCAUUUCAGGCACUAUACCGACGUGGAUAAAAGGCGGUCUCUUACGCAAUGGGCCAGGAAAAUUUGAGGUCGGCAAAGACAAAUACAAUCACUGGUUUGAUGGACUUUCACUGAUACAUCGGUUUGACUUCGACAAUGGUGUGGUCAAAUACCACAGCCGGUUCCUCGAGAGUGAUUCCCGUGCCGAGGCUAUAAAGAAAAAUCGGAUAGUUGUGACUGAGUUUGGGACGGUUACUGCGCCAGAUCCAUGUAUGAACAUUUUCCAAAGAUUCGCUUCGUAUUUCACUCGUCCGACUCCGACGGAUAACAAUGCGGUUUCCAUUACACCUCUUGGAGAUGGCGUGUAUGCAGCCACCGACUCGAGAAUCCUUCGAAGGAUCAACCCUGAAACACUAGACACAGGGGAGAGGGUUGACAUUUCCCAAUUGGUAGCAGUUAACGUGGUCGCAGCCCAUCCCCAUACUGACCCCGAUGGAACGUAUUACAACUUAGGUACGAACAUAAAAUCAGGAUGUUACCACGUGAUAAAGAUAUCACCUGGAGCAAACAAAGCCGAUCCAGUAGAAGGGGCCGAGAUUCUACAUACCAUUCCUAUGGAGAAUAGUUGGAAACCGGCUUACUACCAUAGUUUCUCAAUGACCGUAAACUACAUUAUCUUUCACGAGCAGCCCUAUAGAUUAAAUGCGUUGGGACUUCUUACACGAAAUUUCUCCAGGAAGGGCAUUGAUAAGUUUAUGGAAUUUGAUCCGAGUCUCAAGUCAAUAUUUCACAUUUGUGAUAAAAGAACAGGAGAAGUGCGAUUGCUAAAGUAUGUCACCAAACCAUUUGUGAACUUCCAUACCAUUAACGCCUAUGAGAAGGACGACCAUCUUAUAGUAGACGUAUGUGCAGCUAAUGACGGGGGUCAAUACGAUACAUUAUACUUGCGCAGUCUUGGAAAGUUGGUUGAUUCUAAAGAUCUGGAUAAACAAUUGACAAACGGCCAGUUAACACAUCCGAGAAGAUUUUUAUUACCGCUAAAUAUAUCUAAAGAUGGUCCUAGAAAUGUGAAUCUCGUCAAACUAGAGGAUGGCUUUACUUCCGCUACUGCGACAUUAAGGGACGAUGGCUUUGUUCACUUGACAUAUGAGCCUCUACAUGACGAUGAAGCUCCCAAUAUAGGAUUUGACUUUCCUAGAAUGAACUAUAAUUUCUAUAAUGGGAGGCCAUAUAGGUACUGUUAUGGGAUGCGGUUCACUAUUCCUGCAGAUAGACUCAUGAAACUCGAUGUUCAGAAUAAGACGAUGCAGGAAUGGCAAGAGGAUGAUUGCUAUCCAUCAGAGCCCAUUUUUGUCCCUGCUCCCGAUGCAUUGAAAGAGGAUGAAGGUGUUGUGCUAUCUCUGGUCUUGAGCCCAAGCAAGGAUAAGUCUACGUUCCUCUUGGUAUUGGAUGGGGAAUCCUUUAAGGAACUUGGGAGGGCAACUAUUCCUUACGAUGUUCCAUAUGGACUUCAUGGAGCGUUUGUGUGAAGAACAGUUUUUUCAACGAGUAUGGACCUACAUGCGACUAUUACUAAAUUUCCGAACAUUUAAAGGGCCACUUUGCUUAUUUUCAAUGUUUUGGGCAAAAUAGAC